AUGUCUAGUGUUGAGGUGGUGGAGAGUUCCGUUGACCCUCCAACCAAGAAGCGACGCGUUGCUGCUACAACGGGAGGUGCCGACGACUCAGUAAGCACGCCAAUAAUGGCCAAGAACGGCUCAACUCCUCAAACAAGAGGAUCAGCUGGAGAUGGAAGCACUAAUUUACCAACAACCAGCGGAGACAUCGACGAGGGACUGUACUCGCGCCAGCUGUACGUCCUGGGGCACGACGCGAUGAGGCGCAUGGCGUCCUCAGACGUUUUGAUCUCCGGUUUGGGAGGAUUGGGAGUCGAGGUGGCCAAGAACGUCAUCCUCGGAGGAGUGAAGUCAGUUACGCUUCAUGAUAAAGUAAAUUGCACUAUUUCAGACUUGGGAUCUCAAUUUUACCUCACAGAAGCUGAUAUUGGUAAAAACCGAGCUGUAGCUUGCUACCAGCGCCUCUCCGAGCUUAACAACUACGUCCCGACCCGGUACCAUGAAGGAGAGCUCGAUGAAGAUUUUCUAAAAAAAUUCAAAGUCGUCGUACUUACAGAGACUACUUUGGAAGAUCAGCUCAGAGUUUCUUCCAUCGCUCGGGCUAAUAACAUCGCUUUGAUAAUUGCAGACACUCGCGGUUUGUUUGCUCAAGUGUUCUGCGACUUUGGUCCGGCUUUUACUGUCGUAGACACCACUGGAGAGCCUCCAGUUAGUGCUAUGAUCGCUAGUAUCACUCGAGAUGCUGAAGGAGUUGUUACUUGCCUGGAAGACACUCGUCAUGGAAUGGAGGACGGAGAUUACGUCACUUUCUCAGAAAUCCAAGGAAUGACUGAGUUGAACAAUUGCGAGCCCAAGAAAAUUAAGGUCCUAGGUCCUUAUGCUUUUUCAAUUGAUGAUACUUCGUCCUUCAGCGAGUAUGUAAGAGGGGGAAUUAUUACCCAGGUGAAAAUGCCGAAGGUGGUUAACUUUAAGGAACUUGGAGAGUCUCUACGACAGCCGGAAUUUAUUAUGACUGACUUUGGAAAGUUUGAUCAUCCUGAGCAGCUGCAUUUGGCUUUUAUUACUCUUCAUGAGUAUGUUAAAACUCAUGGCAAGUUCCCGAGAGCAUGGAAUCAAGAAGAUGCUGAUGCUUUUGUUGCUUUGGCGGAGACUGUUAAGGCUAAGCAUGGAAUUGAAACUGAAGUUAAGAAGGAAUUGUUGGAGACUUUUGCGAAAAUUUCAGUGGGUAAUUUCAAUCCUAUGAACGCUAUUAUUGGGGGAAUUGUUGCUCAAGAAGUCAUGAAAGCUUGCUCAGGUAAAUUUUCUCCAAUAUUCCAAUGGCUGUACUUCGACGCAAUUGAAUGUUUACCUCAAGACCGCUCAGAGAUUGUUGAAGAAGACUGCAUGCCUCGAAACUGCCGCUACGACUCCCAGAUCGCAAUCUUCGGUCGUAAAUUCCAGUCCAAAAUCGGAGGACUUAAGUACUUUGUCGUAGGAGCUGGAGCAAUUGGUUGUGAGCUGCUGAAGAACUUCGCGAUGAUUGGCGUGGGAGCUGAGAACGGUUGCGUAACAAUCACAGACAUGGACCUGAUAGAAAAGUCCAAUUUGAACCGUCAAUUUUUGUUCCGACCCGCUGAUGUCCAGAAAGCUAAGUCCUCAACUGCAGCCAGGGUGGUCAAAGGAAUGAACCCGAGCAUGAAUGUUAUAGCUCACGAGAACCGCGUUGGAACAGAAACAGAGAAGGUAUACAACGAUGAAUUCUUCGAAGUCUUAGACGGAGUUGCCAACGCGCUGGAUAAUGUUGACGCAAGAAUUUACAUGGACCGUCGGUGUGUCUACUACAGAAAGCCGCUGCUGGAGUCCGGAACUUUAGGGACUAAAGGGAACACUCAGGUGGUGGUUCCUUUUCUUACUGAGUCUUACAGCUCUUCUCAAGAUCCUCCGGAGAAAAGUAUUCCUAUCUGCACGUUGAAGAACUUCCCGAAUGCUAUCGAGCACACUCUUCAGUGGGCAAGGGACAAUUUUGAAGGAUUAUUCAGGCAAAAUGCCGAGAACGCUGCUCAGUACAUCAACGACUCCCAGUUCGUUGAAAGAACUCUUAAACUUCCUGGAGUCCAGCCUCUGGAAGUCCUGGAGCUGGUCAAGACUGCUCUGGUUGAUGAGCGACCCAAGAGCUUCGUGACUUCCAGCGGCCAGCCCUUCUGGUCAGGACCCAAGCGUUGUCCAGUGCCACUAGAAUUUGACGUCAACGAUCCUCUUCACCUGGACUACGUAGUAGCGGCUGCUAAUCUCAAAGCAGCUGUUUAUAGCAUGCCAGCAAAUCGCAACCGGGAAGAAAUCGCUCGGAUUGCCAGCACCGUUGAGGUCCAGCCUUUCACGCCUAAAUCAGGAGUCAAGAUCGCUGAGACCGACGCCCAGGUCCAGGUGUCCAACGGAAGCGGCAGUGUUGACCACGAAAGGCUCACCCAAUUAAUUGAAGAGCUGCCGAAACAAAACGAGCUCAAAGAUCUUGUAAUUAAUCCUCAAGACUUUGAGAAAGAUGAUGACUCUAAUUUCCACAUUGACUUUAUUGUCGCGGCUUCUAAUUUACGUGCUACUAACUACCGCAUCCCUCCUGCUGAUAGACACAAGAGCAAGCUCAUUGCUGGGAAAAUAAUCCCCGCAAUUGCUACAACUACUUCUGUAGUAGCUGGGCUAGUUUGUCUUGAACUGAUAAAAUUAACUCGCGGGUUCAAAGAUCUUGCGCUUUACAAAAAUGGGUUUGUUAAUUUAGCACUGCCUUUCUUUGGGUUCUCAGAGCCGAUCCCGGCUCCCAAGCUCAAGUACUACGACACAGAGUGGACUCUCUGGGACAGAUUUGAAGUUAAAGGCGAGCUCACGCUGAAAGAAUUCUUGGAUUACUUCCAGAAUGAACACAAUCUGGAGGUCACUAUGCUUUCUCAGGGGGUUUGCAUGCUCUACUCGUUCUUCAUGGCUGCUGCCAAGCGGGAUGAACGCAUGGGACUCCCCAUGUCUGAGGUCGUCAGGAAGGUCUCCAAGAAGAAGCUGGAUCCACAUGUUCGCGCUCUGGUCUUUGAGUUGUGCUGCAAUGAUAAGAAUGGAGCUGAUGUUGAAGUUCCUUAUGUUCGGUACACUUUACCUUGA